UCUGAGAAUUCCUUAAGCUCUCAAACUUCUUCAAUUCAAAAUCACAAGCCCCUUGAAGAAAUUUGGGUACCGCCCAGAAUUUUUCUGACUCUUUUGCUUCUAAUACCCACUGCCUCUAGAGAAUCAACGCCAUGUCUCUCGAGACUCUUCCCAGACAGAUCUCCUACGCCAACAGUGGCGCCUCCGAUCGUCGAAACGGUUUUACGGCUGCACCGGCGGAUCCACGAGUGGAUGAUAAGCCCAAGAAGGUUACCCAAAUUUCCCUGAUGGAAGCUUCACCGGAGGACCCAUGCUCUCCUCCUCCGACAUCGUUGCUGGGUAUUGCCUCGGUAGCGUCGAAUGCUCCAAUUAGAAAGCGCCCCACUGCAGACAAAAUGUUGGCUAAAGCAAUUCUGUAUUCUGAUGAUGAGAUUUUCCAGAAAUUUAUAGAAGAUCUUCGAAUUGAUGUUACUUUGGCUGCAGCAGAGGCAAAGAGAGUACGACAGAUGCAUGUUUUGAUGUCUUUACGGUAUAAACUUACGAGAUUGAGAGAGGAGGGCAGGCAGGUUACUGUGUCAUGGAUAUCAAUGGAGUAACAAAAUUCCUAAUUCCUUAGUAAAUAAGAUAGCUUCUGUGAGUCGAUGAAAUGGUUAACUGCAGCUUGCAUCAGUUCUGCUUAAUUUCUGUUUAAAAAUUUUGCCUUGAAAAGAACAUUUAUUUUAAUGAUUUAUAGAUGAUAACUACAUAUAAUAGUAGCUUAACUACUAUUUAAACUUCUUUGCAAGUUUACAGCUGGACUGUUUGAUCAAAUAUCUGUUUCCAAAAUUAGCUCAUGUUUUUCUUGAUAUUGUAUAUUUAGUAGUUUUUGCCUAUCAAAAGCCUAUUGAGCCUGCUAUAUUAGUUUUUAUAUACUUAUUUCUUAACUGGGCUUUUGCUUUAUUAUUGUUAAUAGUUGAAUGAUUUUGCUUUUGAAAGUUAUGGCCUCUGAAUGAUUAUGUUAGUCCAAGCAAAGAGUUGCGUUAACUGGCCUCUUUCCUCACAUGCAUCAUCCUUUCUUUUGUUUCCCAUAGAUUAACCUGCUCUUGUGAGCUCUCUGUUGUUUGAAGGAUAGGUCAGGUGAGUCAUGAUGAGGAUCCAGGGGACAUUGCUGGAUUGAUGUUCUUCUCUUCACGCACCAGUUUGUUUUGCUUUAUGUGGUCCGUUAUUUUUUAUCUUCUCUACCUGGGGCCCAUGGUUUCAUUCAGCAUUACCAUGACAUUUACUGCUUAUAAGUACUUGGAAUUGAUUUCACUGCUGGGUGUGCCUUGAAAUUGGUAGCUUAGGGAAUAUUAUUGAUAUGGAUAUCCUUGUCAGAGCAGCUUUCAUUCCAUGAAUUUGCUUCUCGUAUGGCCCCAAUGGCAGACUUCAUUUCAUGUUUUUCAUUCAACCAUCUCUCGACAUUCUUGGAUAUGCCAGAAGCACGAGUUGGUGUUGCCAGCAUCUCCUACACCGGGGAUGGGCAAAAUUUUCCAACUCAUGGAUUGGAAAGAAGGUGGACCUGCCCUCCACACCAUUGUGCUGGAGCGAUUUCCACAACUAAGGCUACCUUGCGAACAACACACUAAUCGAAUCAUACAAUUUUCAUAUCAAGUGCUACUUGAUACUUUGGUCAUCCUUGCCACCAAAACUCCCUAUGACGUCACUGCAUCAGAUAGAUCAAUUGUGGAGGCAAACAUAGGGGAAGCAAAUAUCCUUGGGUUUGACAAAGAGUGGAUGGAAUGAGUUCUGGCUCUGAUACGCUUGAUGUCUUGGCGGUAUAGAUGGAGGCAAAGCUAGAAACAUAUGAACUUGCAUUAGAUCAGUUUCAUGAGCAAAGAGCAGAAGCAAAGGAAUGGCUUGAAGCAAUUGAUUCUCAGUUGGGUGGGUCUCUUGGAAGAUCACAAGAAAUCGGUUCUCAAGAUGGAAGGUAUUAGGUAACUAACGAGUGCCAAGGAGAAACCUUUUGGAUUGUAGGCUUUCCAAUUCUUAUUGCUUUGCAUCUGUUCUGCUUGAUUUCUGCAAAUUUUAUUCUGCAUUUGGCUAUACUACUGUUAAGGGUAGACAUCGCAAGGCACUAUGACUUGCCAUUAGAUGAAGGAAAAGGAGGAAGAGCACCUGAAGAUAUUGUGCUUCCAACCCAUCACUUUAGUGCUCAUUUUAUAUCUUCGAUGUAUGCAAGAUCAAUGGAGCUUUGUAUGACUAUUUUCUCCUUAAAAGUGGCAUCCCCAAAUACAUUCACAGAUUAUUGUGUUUGUUGACUCUCAUCAGUUCAAGUUCUGUGCUUCUUAAUUUGUCUGUGUAAGAUGCUAAAUGUAGUUUCUUGGUUUAUAACCCUUUUAAUAAUCAAUUUGUAAUUUUCAUGCAAUGCUGAGGUUGUAGCCGUAGUGCAAGGCAAUAAAUAUGAUCAAUUCCUGCGAUGAAGUUAAA